GAAUGUGACUUUUCCCUCGAAGAAUCAUGGAAAUCAACGGACUGGACGAACAUAAUGAAGUCGGGAGCGACGACGAGGACGCCCUUUGGUCCAUUGAAGAUGAUACGCUGUUCCAGCCUUGCGGCCUAAUUAGCCACUCAUCGUCCAGCAACAACAAAACGAAAUCCGUAUUCGUCACCUGGAACGAGCAUUAUUUGCUUAAUUACCGAUUCAAGAGAUCGAAGAAAACAAACCGAAUGGAAAUGACAAAGGUCCGCAUACCACUGCCGAGGAACACUCAUGUGCGAAGCAUACACAUGCUGGAGUAUAACACACUGUUGUUAAUGUCGGAUGGACGUGUGCAUUGUUUUGGCUCCAUCAAGUCGCUGCAUGCGAUAGCCUGGCUGAAAGGUGUGCGUUCAUUUGCCCGCACCAACGACGGAUUCAGCGUGAUACGCCACGACGAGGAUGCGCAGCAGUUGCUGUUGCAGGUGUACGUCGAUUUGCCCAGUUUGGACAAGGGCGAGAGCACGCUCCUGCAUAGCUACGACAUAACCUACGAUGAGCAGAAUAUAUUCCAAUGCGACUGGCGGAAUGAUGACUAUAGUCUUCUCACAGUUACUGUUGCCCAGCAGCACCUGAAGUUCAUGCAGUGUUUAUUUGGUGCCGGAGCGAGCGCUGAUAAGCAAUUGCACAUUUUCAGUGUUUCUGGACAUGUAUUUGCACUGCUGCCGCGGGGUGCGGAUGAGGCGGAAUCGUCAGAAUCAUCGGAGCAGGCAUAUCACAUAGAACUCUUAUGCAUUUAUGCCACAUCUGUUAAAUUAAUGCAUUUACUCCCCGCGCAGAACCUAUGCUUGGUUUACCUGAGCGGCGGCAACGUAGACAUUUGGUACAUGUCCAAUUUGCUGGGCAUCAAGCAGCGUCAAAUGCACUACACUGGUGGAGCAUGGUUGGACUACGAUGCGAGCAGUGAAAACAGUGAUUUGUACUAUACAGAUGGGCAGGAACUGGUCCGUUUGAGAUUUGAAUACAAUGCCAUUUUGGAUGAUUGCCAAGUGCUGCGGUGUGCGAAGCCGGUGCCAGGCAUGCAAGCCUGCACCUGGGUGCAGCACAUCGAGCAGCUGGUUUGCCUCAGCGACAACAACAUAUUCUAUCGUAUUGCCUUCAGUCUAAAACAGUUGACGGAAACAGAGGAAAAUGCGGCAGCUCUCAGCGACCUGACGCCCGCGGCCAUUGAACAACUGCGUGGGAAUGCGCAGAUCCUCCAGCAAUAUGAACAACAGCCGGUUGAGCUAUUGGCAGCGAUCCAGCGGGAGCAGGAGAAGCAACAAUUGAUAGCCGUUGCACGCAACCAAGCCUAUCUGGAGAGUGGACUAACGGCCAAGUUGGAAUAUCGCCGGCACUUGCCGCUCUUUGGCGAGGAUGUACUUCUGCUGCACACGGCCAGACAAACGGAUCUCGAUAGCAGCGGCAUUUACGCCAUUUUGCAGCUGACGUUCCACAAUAGUCACAAACUGCUGCACAGCAGCCACUGGCAAUUGGUGGCCUAUCACGGCAAUGAGGCGCAUGUGCAUCGUGUUCCAACAGAUCUGCUAUUGAGUCGCAAAUGUCACAUAAUAAUACCACUGAAGAAAGUUUGCAAUGAGCGACUGCCUGAAUUCACAUUGAAAUUGGUGGCAUUUCUUGAACUGCACACAGAAACCACAGCAGUUCUGCUGCCAUUGGUGGUGCAGGAGGACAGUGACACAUAUCGUGCACUAUUUGGUGUACAAUUGCACUCGCUUAAUUUAUAUAAUAAAUAUCAUCUCGCAGAUAUGCUUAGCAGAACAACACCGAACAAAACAAAAGCAAAAAUGCAGCAAAAACUUGAAACGCCUGGCAAACUAAGUUUGGAGCAAAUAGCAGAAAUGUGCAAUGCCAGUGGCAGAAUUGAGAAUAACCAGCUAGAAUUAUACUUUAUAGAUAAUAAACUGAGCAUUGCUAGUUGCGUGGAAGAAAACAAAACAAUUUUAACGCUACAAAGUGAAGAUGCUUCAGCGCUAUAUCAUCUCAAACAGCACCUUUUUUUGAAUGUGGACCCAAAAUUUGAGCAAGUUGCACCAGCGGAGGAAGCAAAGCAAAAACUUUUGAAAUUACAACAUGAAAUAGAGCGAUUUUAUGGCACUCAAUGUGAUGAUGAGCAGUCUGAAGCAAAUGUGGAAAUGCAUUUAGAAUAUCUGCUAUUAAAAUAUAACGCUUUGCGAAAUACUAUUUUUUAAAUGUACAUGUCUGUUUUGAAUUAUUAAUAUUUG